CUUCUUUUCAAUUUAUAUCUUUGGUUGAUACCGCGUACUGUUAUCUGACUAUACGAAUGCCCGCAACAAGCACCGUACUUGGGAUUAAUGUCACAUUAAUUGCUCUCGCUUGCGGAGCAACAAUAGGCGCAGCUAUUAUGUGGUUCAAAUCCGAUUCGCAUCAAAGAGUAUACCCAAACAUCAUCAUUACAGCACUCGUCAUAAUCAUUGCGUCGGUUCUCCCGAUUGCCGCACAUUACAGUACUACAGCAAUUGGAUACGAUCUUGAAGCAUCAGCAACUUAUCUCGACGACGCAUUACCGCUGUUCACAUGGUGGAUUAUGAUUGAUCUUCUCGGCCAAGUAUCCUAUCGACGCCUGCGAGACGAAAAUGAAACCGGUUUGUUUGGCGCACAAAUGACGCUUCAAAGAGGUCGAUGGUAUCUACUCGGCAUUGUAUUAAUUACAACCGCUUGCGUCAUCUUGGGAGUGCUUGUCGACGUUUAUCCUGGCUUGACCCUUUUGAACUUUGCCGUCUUGGUAUACUUUGGGUUCUUUUUACUAUGGCUGUACGAUCGCGGUACACAAGACAUCCGACCCUUGUACGGUCGUCCUUUUUGGGCAUUCGCGGUCCUGUUGGCUUGUAACACGCUCGGAUCGUUCUUGUUGGCUGUCUUUUCCCUAGCGUACUUUGGUGGUCGCGAACUUGCCCAGACCAUUGUCACAGUUGGGCUGAUCAAAUUUUGUGCAGUGUUUAUUUUGAUAUUGGUCCUGGUGGCGUUCCCACGGUUUUGGUUGCCACAUGUUAAAGGAACCGAGGUCCAGUACCAAUUCAAACUCUCGUCAACCGCGCCUUCGUAUAAUGACAGCAACAUUGGGGAAGUCAACAACAACAACUACAACAAUAAUAAUAAUAAUAGUGAGAUUGGAAACACUCAGCAACAGGACCAGAAGCAGAAGCAACCGGUUUAGACGCUACAGCAGCAAUACCAGCCUCCACGACAGCACUUUUCUCCAGCCACAACAAGUCUCCAAACAUUCGUGGGUACCCGAUUGAUAAUGAUAUCAUCUCCUCCGUGUAAAAAAAGCGGUGCCAUCCUCAAAUAUAUCUACUAAUAGGCCUACUCUAUCAUCC